GGGUUCAAAAUGCAAAUGAUUGCCACCAUUGGAAAUUAUGAACAUCCUGUUUAUUUCUUUUUCAAUUUGCAGCUUCGGAGCAUGACAACAGAUACACAUAUAAUAGUUGAUGCUUUGCAGAGUUCAAGUGUAGUAGAAGUUCAGGACGACAGAAUAAGGAGGCGUAAUGACUGGUCUAAGUGGCUUCCCUCAUCAGGUCACCAUGUAAUCUCAACAGAAUCUGUGUCUGUAGAGAGCCAGAGUCCUGUCAGUUUAGAGAAUAACAAUAGUAGUGAGAGCAAUAAUGAUGGAAUCUCUCAUGAAGAUUCUAUCCGCCAAACUACCUAUAAGGUUCAAGAGGACUAUUUGCCCUCUGUGAGUGAGUACUCGAAAAUUGAAGAUAAGCUUAUUGCAGAAUGCGAUAGUCUCAAGGUACCGACAGCUGAUGAAGCAGCGGCAUAUGACGGUGAUAACAAGGAUAGAUGCAUAGAAUUACUAUCUGGACCAAAUUCAGGAGUCAGACAGAACAAACUUUGCAGCAGAUGUAGCUGUUCGCUAGAGAAAGAUUCAGUUGGCACCAUGGCUGAUGUUAAAUCUGGUAACACGCAUGUUGUUGUUGUCUCUGCAAAGUCACAGGAAAAUGACAAUCUCUCCAGUAGUGGUGAUCUUGCGCUUGAUGUCACACUAUCAAAUAGGGUAUCUGACAUGCAGAAUAUAGAGGCCUUCUCUAAUGACAUUGCUGUCCAAUCACCUAGCUGUAGGGCGGAGCAAAGUACAUUCAUGCUUGAUGAGGAAUUGGAGCCGGAGUUUGUUCACAGGGAUGAUCUUUCUUUAAAUAGGAGGUAACUCUUCUGUUACGUCUGCAAGGGUCUUCUGUUAUUUGAAUUAUUUUGACUCAUGCUGUGAGAAGGCUGUUGUAUGUAUAAUCGCUUAUUGUGUUUCUCUUUUUUGUAUGAUCUAGCAGCAUUGAUGCAAUCAUG